GCCACACUGCCGCUGACGCAAGGCUGUUGUUGAUUGAGGCAGAAGUGUGAUCGAGUUCAGAAAGAAUCUCAUCGGCAAGAGGCAGACAAAGAUGCCAAAAAUGUAUCCAGCUGGCCAGAAGAGUUUACAGAAAGAAUCUCAACGUGAAGAGGAUGUCUCUCGAAAGAGGAACAAAAGAAAGGGUAGGACUAACAUUCAGAGACCCCACAAAAUUAUAAACCGUAUGAAGGUGAGAGACUGUAAUCCUCAAUAUAUGGGCCCAGAUGAAGACUUAAACAGAUUGGGAUCCAGUUUGGGCAGACGCUGCUACUUGAAGGACAGUAAUGCUCACAAGCCGUCAGAAUCCUUGAAAACUAACACAGUGAGGCCCGAGAAGAAAUUGUGUCCAAAUCAAACUGGAGAAGAUAUUCAAGAGAAUGACAACUUGUCCUCUCUUCAGGGUCGUACACAAAGUAAACAACCUGAUAAGAAUAGGAAGAAACUGGCAUCUGCAACAAAGAACUUGGUAACGGCCUCUCAGCACCCUAGAUUUCAGCCCAUUGUGAAGCUAACAAGGAUCGAUGCCAUCAAAUCUCAAGGAGUGUACAGUCUAAAUCCAAUCCGCCAACAGUGUGUGAGAACAUUUAAACACAAACUGAAUUCUAAGGAUAAUAGAGGGAUUCAUAGGAGUAAGAAACCGUAUCACUGUCCUGAAGGUGGGAAACAAUUCUCAGAUAGUCACAUUCUUAAGAAACGCAGAGAAGAUAAUACAGAGAAGGAGCCAUACCACCGUUCUAAAUGUGUUAAGAACUUUUCAAAACACAGCCAUACCACAACUCCUAUUGUAGAGAAACCAUAUUUGUCUAAACGUGGCAAACGUUUCUCACAAGUGAGCCACCUUCAGACACAUAUGAUUGGUCAUGGAGGACAAGGUUUAUGUCGUUGUCCAACUUGUGGUAAACAUUUCUUAGACAGGAGCGGUCUUUUCAAACACAAAAGAAUUCACACUGGAGAGAAACCAUAUUGUUCUGAAUGUGGCAAACUGUUCUCACAAUCAAGCCAUCUUCAGGAACACAUGAGACUGCACGCAGGAGAACAGCCAUUUUCCUGUUCUGAAUGUGGCAAACUGUUCUCACAAUCAAGCCAUCUUCAGACACACAUGAGACUGCACACAGGAGAACAGCCAUUUUCCUGUUUUGAAUGUGGCAAACGAUUUUCAGAUAGCAGUAAUCAUCUGAGGCAUUUAAGAGGUCACACUGGUGAGAAGCCCUAUUGCUGUCCUGAAUGUGGCAAAAGAUUCUCCAACACAAGCGGUCUUAUGCGUCAUGCAGAAGUCCACAAUAAAGACCGUCCUUAUGACUGUUCUGAAUGUGGCAAGAAAUUCUCACGAACACGCAGUCUUUGUAGACAUAUAAGAACACACAUUUGAUAGAGGCCAUACUCGUUUCCUGAUUGUGACAAGCUAUUCACUGAUAACAGCAGCCUUCAUAGACACAACAGAAUUCAUUCUGGAUUAAGGCCAUAUUAUUGCUCUGAAUGUGGCAAGCGAUUCAUACAACCCUGCAGUCUUCAGUGACACGUAAGAACUCACAGAGGAGAAAAGCCAUACCGUUGCUCUAAGUGUGGAAAAACAUUCAUAAAGAAAAAUCCUCUUCAUGGACACAUGAAAAUUCAUGCUAAAAAGGCAAAGUCCAAAGAGACUGUAAAUAACAAAGAAAAAUCUGAAAUAAUUCAGUCAGGUGUGGAAAGAAAAUUGGAAUUGUUCUGCUAGUUGGUUACACAGAAUGCAUUUGACAAAAAGUUGCAGACUCAUUUAGGCAACCCUGCUUAUUAAUUUACUGUAAGUGGCUUUUGCACUAAUGACUAUUGCACAUUGUACACAGGUCUACUUUACAAGUUCUAAUGUUAUUUAUCUUAUGUUAUACUUCUAUGCUUUUUUAUAUUUUAUUGUACUACGAAGUUGAGAGAGAAACCGUAUUUUGUUUCUCCUGUAUGUUCUGCACAUAUAGUGAAUUGACAAUAAAAGGCUAUUUGAUUUGAUUUCAGUAUUUCUAUUAUCUUUUCUCCAGAGUCCGUAUUGGUGUUCACACUACUCUCUGGUGUGGCUGCUGCUCUUUCUAUCUGAAGAGUUAGUCCAGCUGGGGUUCGAUCAGCCCAGUAACGUCUAGCGGUCCCUCACAAUGGGAGUGUAUGAAUAUACCGAGGCAUGUUUAGCAUACAGCUGAUGACGUGUUCAUCUAAUAUAAAUAAGGCCAUAUAUGGACAUC